GUAUUAGCGUAGCAGUUAUGUCCCUUUGAGUGGAGAGCAGCCAUGCUUUGGGGAAGUGUUUUGACGUGUGUUUUGAGAUCCAGCCGUCAAGCCACCGCACAUGGAUCACCGAUGGCUGCGCUCUGUCGAUUAUUUACUACAACAAACCGCAACCAAUUGAAAGAAGUCAGGGAAACACAAACAGAGAAUGCAACUGUGAUUGAAGGUGUCAAGGUUCCAUCCAGUCGGACUGAUUACCUGUUGCCAGGCAACUCAGAGGUCAAGUGCCCCUUGUGCAAGGUUCAUACCGACCUCAAGUACACGGAUGUGCUCAUUCUCAGUCAGUUUCUUCGUCCUGAUGGCUGCCUCCUUCCCAGGCGGGUAACAGGCGUGUGUAAGAGACAGCAGCGAUCUCUGGAGAAGCUGAUACACCAAGCUCAGAGGGCAGGCCUACUGCCAACAUUCCGACCUGAUCUGCCCAGUGGGAAAGAGAGGACUCAGCCACACUCACAGUUCAAGUGGAAAAAAAUACAAUGUAUAUUAUGAGGAGGAUUGAUGAUGAUACUUUAGGUCAAAACAAAUACAUGAUGUUGUGUUAGAAGACACAGUAGGUGACAUCAACGUGUUCUGAACAAUGCAACCUUUGUCAUGAAGAGUGUGGUGUGACAGACUGUGUACCUUGAUGUAAGACACCCUGUGUAUUGUGCCCUGCACCCUGGAGACACCACCACUGGAAGAUGGUGUAUGUGCAUGGUAGGGGCACGGAAGAUCGUGUGUGUGUGCAGAGUAGAAACUAAUAAAAAAUCAAGAUGC